GGCGGUUGCUUAGCGACCAGCGGCACCGCAACUAACUCUAUGAAGUGCUAACACAUGGAUUAUGCUUCACGAACGAAUUAUUAAUGGCUCCAAAAAGAAAAGGCCCUUUACAGCUUGUCCAAAGAGAGGUAGAAGACAUCAAAAAGAAGGUUGACAGUCUGGUGAAAGAUGUGCCGACUCAGCGUGGAUCCACUGCAGAGCUGUUACAGAGAUGUCAAGAACUCCAGAUCUCAGCAGAAAAGACUCUAAAAACACUUCACAAACUGACUAAGGCUGAUGAGUUAGCGCCGGUGGGGAACUAUGAUCAGAGGAAACAGGAGGAGGAAAGAAAACUGCAAAAUAUAAUGGAUCAUCUGAGUACCCUCUUUCAGAAGCUUUCACCACCAGGACCCAGCACUGCAUCAGGUGAUGCAUCAAAGGAUGAUACUGAGGAAGAAGAUGAGGAUGAUGAUUAUGAUGAUGAUGAUGAUGAUGAUGAUGACGACGAUGAUGACGACGAUGAUGAUAAUGACACUGGUGAUGUUGAUAAUAGUGUUGAUGAGAAGAAAGCUGUGAAACCACCGUCUCAGUCAGACCCUCGUGUUUACACUGUCCUCAGUGAUUUUAAAGGAGACCAGGAUGGGGAUCUGUCUGUUCAGCGGGGGGAGGUGUUGAGGAUUAUCAGGAAAACAGCUGAUGGAUGGUGGCUGGCCCAGGACACUAAAGGCAACAGAGGACUUGUUCCAAAAACCUUCCUGAAGAUUGGCUCUGGCGUCAGUGAUGAUGAUGACGAUGAUGACAGCGAUGAAAAGGAUAGUGCUGCUGAUGACAAUAAUGAGGAUGAGUCAGAGGAGGAGGAGGAAGAAAAUGAUGGUGAUGACGUGACUGGGAACACAGAGAAAACUAGUGGUGCUUCACAUUCCAACUGGUCAACAGUAAGAAAGGCUCUAUCUGAGAUUGAUGCAACAGAUGUGCUCUCUGCCAUGGGAGCCAUACCAUCAGGAUUUAGACCUUCCACUCUCAAUAAACUACUGACAGAGGAAGGUGUAACAUACAGGGGAAGUCAUUACAUUCAGCCUGAACUCAGUGAAUCGCAGCUCUCCUUUAGAGACCUUUUCCUGGAUCCAGACACAGGCAAGGUUCGUGCUCGGCAGGUCAGAAUUAGCAUUUGUUUCACUCUCUGGAGCUGUAGGAUGAUUCCUCCUCCUGGGGUCGGUGUUCAGGUCCUCAGCAGACACAUUCACCUCUGCGCCUUUGAUGGGACUCAGGUGUUGAGUAACAUUCACACAGUGAGAGCAACGUACAACUCCAAGAGCCCCAAGAGUUGGAACUUCUCUCCAAGGAUGACUGGUAUCCUCCCUACACUCUUAGAUGGAGACUGUUUCCUACGCUGCAACUCUGCCUCUCCUGAUCUGGGGAUCCUCUUUGAAGUGGGAGUCACAUUUAUACGGAACUCUACAGGAGAGAGAGGAGACCUGAGCUGUGGCUGGGCAUUCCUCAAACUGACUGAUGACACCGGGCAUCUAAUUCCCAAUAGAACCUAUGAGCUGCCAGUGAACGGUGGAACACCUUAUGAGAAGGAUGUAACAGUUGAGGCUCCGGUCACCAGAGGAUCUCCAACAGGUGUUUUCCAACAGAUGCUUCAGUCCAGACGGCAGCCUAAACUGAUCAUCAAGCUGAAAUCAGCCAACAGUCACAUUAGAACACAGCUCAGUCUGCUUCCAGACAAUCUGCUGCACUGUCUCAGCUGUGUUGAUUUACUGGCUCUGCACAGACAGCUUCUAGCCGAUGCAUUACUGAUGGACAGGCCCACAAUGCAGAAUGCAGAUCUGAUAUGCAGCCCAGUUCUUUCUACAUUUCCCGUGCUGCUGGACCAGUUGGACCUGAUGGAUGCUCUCAGGAAUGCCUGGAUGGAUGUGCUGAAUAACAUGAGCAGAGCACAGAAGAGAGACCCCUCCCAUCUGAAAGAGGAGUUUACUAAAGUCUACUUAUCGUCAGUCUAUUUUCUUCUCCACACUCCCUCGCUGCCCUCUUAUCGCUGGGCAGACCCGUCGACAGAGAUGCAGCGGGCCCGAGUCAUCUACUCUACCUUGGAUGCCCUGAAACAAACCCAACAUACAAGCAGUUCAUCAGAAAACCCACAAGUCUUUCUGGACCCAAAUAAUGAGCAUCUUGCUUUUGAUAUCACAGAGCUGACCUUUGACCUCCUCAGUGUAGCACGGUAACACUGGGAACAACAGAACACAUCAUUCAAAGAGUAUAUUUUAUUAUUUUUCUGAAUUGUCUUCUGUUGUCAUCACAGUCUUUAAUAAUGGCCUUUCAGAACCUCCAAAGAAUAUGUGUAUCCCAGAACUGUUCUUCAGCAAUAAUUUAUGUGUUUAUGUGUUCACACUAAAAUGAUUUAAAAGGGAGGGUGUAAAAAAGAUUUAUAUGAUGAAGGGAUAAUAGUGGUUUAAUUUGCAUGUUUACCACUGUUAUUUAUUGCCAAAUUUUGUUAUAUUUUGUAAUAAACAUUAACUACA